UGGAGAGAGCGAAGGAGAGGAGAGAGGUGAAAAAAAAAAAAAAAAGCAGUGAAAUGGUGUAAAAGCUGAGCAAGUCCAAGCCGAGCCCGGGGACAAACGAGGAGGGACGACGCAGGAGGAUUAUUGCUCUUUUGUGUAAUUAUUAAUAAAGUCAGUAAACUCCCGCUUUUUGAUGCUUUCCUCACGGAGGUUUGAGCCAAUAACGGACUUAUUGGUCGGCUGAACCAUGCAGAGGCUGCUGCUCCUGAGUUUGGCGUUGAGUUUUCAAACUGUGUGGACAGCGAGGUUCUCUCAGGAGCCGGCAGACCAGUCGGUGGUGCGGGGCCAGAGGGUGAUCCUGUCCUGUGUUGUCUUCAACUACUCAGGCAUUGUUCAGUGGACCAAAGAUGGCUUGGCUCUGGGCAUCGGCGAGGACCUCCAGGCCUGGCCCAGGUACCGCGUGCUGCGUGUGCAGGAGUUGGGCCAGUACAACCUGGAGAUCCUGUCCGCCGAUCUGUCUGAUGACUCCCUGUACGAGUGCCAGGCCCCCGACGCUGCCCUGAGGUCCAGGAGGGCCAAACUCACCGUCCUCAUCCCCCCAGACAACCCGGUGAUCGAUGGGGGUCCGGAGGUGCUGCUGAACGCGGGGGAGUCCUACAACCUGAGCUGCGUGUCUCGGGGGGCCAAACCGCCUUCUGUGAUCGAGUGGCUUAAAGAUGGUCUGCCUGUGGAGGGGGCUGCCAGUACCACUGAGGUGCUCGCAGACAGGAAGAGGGUGACCACGCGGAGCUACCUGCCCAUCCAGCCCGUCGACACCGACACUGGGAGGAACUACAGCUGUGUGGCCACCAACCUGGCUGUUCCCACUGGCAAAAGCACAACUGUCUCCCUCAACGUACACCAUUCACCGACAGUGACCUUGUCCAUUGAGCCUCGCUCUGUCCUGGAGGGGGACAGGGUCACUUUCACCUGCCAGGCCCACGCCAACCCUCCUAUUAUGGGCUACAGUUGGGCUAAGGGCGGUGUGGUGCUGCAGGGUGCCAGGGAGAGUGUGUUCACCACCAAGGCCGACCACUCCUUCUUCACCGAGCCUGUCUCCUGUCUGGUUUUCAACGCCGUGGGAAAGACCAACGUCAGCAUCCUGGUGGACGUUCACUUCGGUCCCAUUCUGUUGGUGGAGCCGCAGCCAAAGACGGUAGACGUCGACUCUGAUGUCACGCUCAACUGCAAAUGGGCCGGAAACCCUCCGCUCACACUCACCUGGUUCAAAAAGGGUUCAAACAUGGUUCUGAGCAACAGCAACCAGCUGUAUCUGAAAUCGGUGAGCCAAGCAGAUGCCGGACAGUAUGUAUGUAAAGCCAUCGUCCCACGGAUUGGAGUAGGAGAGACUGAGGUCACGCUUACUGUCAACGGUCCCCCCAUCAUCUCCAGUGAGCCAGUCCAGUAUGCAGUGAAAGGGGAGAGAGGAGAGGUGAAAUGCUACAUAGCCAGUACACCUCCUCCUGAUAAGAUUGUGUGGGCGUGGAAGGAGAACGUGUGGGAGAAGGAGAAGGGGACUCUGCUGGAGCGCUACACGGUGGAGCAGAGCAAACCGUCAGCCGAGGGCGGCGGCGUCCUCUCCACCCUCACCAUCAACAACGUGAUGGAGUCGGACUUCCUGUCCACCUACAACUGCACGGCCUGGAACGCGUUCGGCCCAGGAACCAUGAUCAUCUCAUUGGAGGAGACUGAGGAAGUCCCAGUGGGGAUAAUAGCUGGUGGGACGGUGGGCUCCACCAUCCUCCUAUUCAUCUUUCUGCUGGUCCUCGUUCUGAUCUUCUACCGGCAACGCAAAGGCAGUCGGCGCGGGGUCACGCUGGGUAAGCCCGACAUCAAGGUGGAGACCAUAAACAAGGAGACCCACAGCUUGGAGGAGGACUCCGGCAGCGUGUCCACGGCUUCGCGCAUGGUCAAGGCCAUGUACUCGUUUCUCCCCUCUGUGUCCUUCUCUCCUUCCAAUCAGCCCUUUAAAGAUGACAUAGAGUUCAAGUCUGAUCUCCGCAGCGACACCCUGGACACGCGCCAGGAGUAUGACCUUAAGGACCCCACCAAUGGCUACUACAACGUGCGAGCCUCCACCCACGACGAAGGCCGCCCUGCCUCCCGCUCCACCUUGCACUACUCUGACUACCGCUCCCCCGCAGGAACACCAGGGGGCGCUGCUUCCAUCAGCAGCAGUGCCGGAGGCUCCGGAGCCACGGCCAGCGGAGGAGCCCCUUGUCCCCCUGGCCCCCUCACCUCCCCCGGCCGCCCCCAGGCCUGCUAUGACCCCCGUCCCCCGUCCAGACUGUCCCACAUCAGCUACGCCCAGUUCAACACCUUCACCCGCGCAGGCCAAAGCCAGCAGCCUCCGCCUAACCCCGCGCCCAUGGCCAGCGACUUCCAAGGAGACUGCAGCCUCCUGGACUCCACUUCCCAGCUGGCCUACGACAACUACGGCUACCCCUCGCAUUACCAGACCUACCGCAUGGGUUUUGCCCCAUCCAGCCUGGCCCCGCUGGAGGCCUGUCCGUCCUACGAAAUGUACGGGGUGGGAUCCGGGGUCGUGGGACCCGGGGUGGGAUCCGGGGUCGGGGGCCCCGGGGUUGGCGUGGGUCCCGGGGGUCCUGCUCCCGCGGGAUCAGAGACUGGACUUGGGAAAUACGGCAGCUCCACUCGCUUCUCCUACACCUCGCAACACUCUGACUACUCCCACAGCCGACACACACAGAGGAUGCAGACUCACGUUUGAGACAGAGAAAGAGAGAGAGAGAGAGAGAGAGAGAGAGAGAGAGAGAGACGCGCAACCACCUCACAGUCUUAUAAAUAGUGUCACAUCGGAAAAAAAAAAACACACACACACACAAUCAUAGACUCACACGCACACAUUUUCACACAAUACCACAAACACAGACUACAGAACUACAGAAAAAGAAAAAAAAAUCACACAGACACACGCACAGAGUCAGAAGACCACGCCCACGAGACAGGGAGCGUAUGAGAAACAGAGAGAGGGAAAGAGAUGAUGGGAAGAGAGGAGUUUUAGCGAGACAGGGAAGGGAAAUUCCACACAAUUUUGAAUUCCCUCACUCCCGAUGUGUUCGUAUAUAUCUGAGCUCUGAAAGAGCAAACGGCGCAAGUCACAAUCAAGACUGGGAAAAGAGAGCGAGAAUCCGAGAGAGGACGCGAGAUCACAGAUCUUUGGAGCCCUAUAGCUUUUUGCUUAUGAACUGACUUUGUAAACGAUGAGAGAGAACGUCUUUAGGCAAACUAGACUGACUGUCAAAUAUGGUACACGCCGAUGGCGAAAAACCUCAUCCAAUGGAAGUCAUUUCUGGCCGCCAUUUUUUUAAUUUUUUUUUUUUUUUUUUGCUGGUUGUCUUAUUCAACAAUCAUUGAGCACAUAUAUAUAAUAUCCCAGAAUGCCCUUCUGUGCAGUGGUACAUGCCACCAUGCCUGUUAGGCAGCAUUUGGGAGUGUGUUGGGGCUGGGGUGGGGUUGGAGGGGUUGUCAUCAUUUUGCACUGCAUCUACAGUAUUCAUGCUUAGACGUCCCUCAAAUAUAUCUGUGUAAUGUCUUCUUUUUAUUUGCACACCACUCUAGAGCUUUGUAUUCUAUUUUUUAACAUUACAGAAUUAUUUUUGUCAGUGUAAAAACAUGUAAUUGUGUAUGUAUGGACCAAAAGUUUGAACGUGAGCCCACUUAACUUGGGCGUUUGCCUGGGUGAUUCCACUGAGACGGGGGAAGAGUUGUGCCAACAGCAGAGCCUGAAUUCAGGAUGUUUUUUUUCUUUUCUUUUUUUUUUCUUUUCACAUCAGAAGGGUAUAUCAGUGUAUAAAAGAAACCUAGUGCCAAGUGUUUAUGUUGUUCUUCACCUUAGACCAUGUAUAUGCAGUAGAAGCUCCUUCUAUUGGUGACUGUUGCUUUACAAACCAGGCUUGGGGCCUUGAGUCAUUCCCAGACAUUUUUCGUAGGCUGGAGCCUUUUUUCUCGGGAGUUCCCAACUACAAGCUUGGUGCAGACGGAGAGAAAAACACAGAGGUUGGGUUUAGAACUGAGUGGCCUUAUAGGGGAACAUGUCGUACAUUUCCAUUUUGAAUCAUUCCUCAUUGUCUGUCUGCCAAAACGGCCGGAGGAGAAUGUGUAUGGAAUGAAGGCUUGUCCACAAUAUUGACAGAUAGUAGUGUAUUGGGGUGUGUGUGUGUGUGUGUGUGUGUGAGAGAGAGAGAGAGAUCAAGAAGGAGUGUGUGGGCAUUGGCACACACAUCGAUUUGUACAGUGUGUUUGUAUAGAUGUGUGAAUGACUGCGUGUGUAUGGGAAGCAUACUGUAAACACGUAGCGCCUGACUCGAGUGUGCGUGCGACUAUUGUAUGCAUGUCCGUGUGUAUACAGUGUGUGCGUGCGUGUGUGUGUGUGUGUGUGCGUGCAUGUCCGUGUCUUAAGUGUGCGGGUGUGUGUUUCAGUAUAUGUCCAUAUCAUUUCUCUCACAAUCCUGUUACAGUACUUUUAUACCUCUGGUAGGACUGUAUCCUGUAUUAUUGUGUCUUUGAAUUUAGAAAAACCCAAUGUUUAUCUUAUUGUACUGUUCUUCGUAGCAGAGACAGCUGUUCAAAAGAUGUACAACGAACGUUAUCAAACUCUCAUUUUUUAAUUUCAUUAUCUUCAAUAUUUUUUAAAAAUGGUAUGUAAUUAUUUUUCCACAGUAUUACAUAAAU